UUACUCUUUUGUAGAUAUUGUGCAUUUGAUUUCCACAAGGAAUGUAGCCAUAUGAGGUGGGACCGGCUGCAAAUCCUUUUGGAUGGUGUAGCAGACCAGCAGGACGAAUAUGGUUACUUCUUGGUGGAUUCUGAAGGAAAGACGGUCACACAGCAAGAAGGGGCUUUCCGGACCAAUUGUAUUGACUGUUUGGAUCGAACAAACGUUGUACAAAGUUUGUUAGCUCGACGCUCUCUCCAGUCACAGCUUCAGAGGCUAGGUGUUCUUCAUGUUGGCCAAAGAAUUGAGGAGCAAGCAGAGUUUGAAAAGAUCUACAAAAACGCAUGGGCAGAUAACGCGAAUGCAUGUGCCAAACAGUAUGCUGGAACUGGGGCCUUAAAGACUGACUUUACAAGAACUGGAAAGAGAACCAAGUGGGGCCUUGUGAUGGAUGGUUGGAACUCGAUGUUAAGAUACUACAAGAAUAACUUUUCUGAUGGAUUUAGACAGGAUUCAAUUGACCUGUUCCUUGGCAAUUAUGUUGUGGAUGAGACUGACUCUUUAGCCUUUUUACAUGACCAGAAAGAGUGGAGGUUCCUAGCGCUGCCUAUAAUCAUGGUCGUGGCUUUCUCAAUGUGCAUCAUCUGCUUGCUUAUGGCAGGUGACACUUGGACCGAGACCUUGGCCUAUGUGCUGUUCUGGGGGAGUGCGAGCUUUGGGACUGCUGCCAUCAUUCUCUUCAAUGGCAAGGAGUUCGUUGAUGCACCAAAGCUGGUUCAGAAAGAAAAGAUGGACUGAAUUUGUAUCUGUGGAAAGCAGCUUGGCAACCAAGAUUCUGUGCAAAUGUGGAGGAUCUUCUGACCUGCUUUCCACAUCCAGACACUGUGGUGUUGUCUUUUUAAAACAAUCAAUUUCUAACAGUGGAACUAAUGGUUGUGAUCUGCAGUUGGAGUUGGAUCAUUCAGCCUUAGCUUUAACAAACAUUUCUCUUCCUUGGUGAUUCUGGACGAUUUUUGGAACAACACUAGUGAAAUAAAAAGGAUUAGAAACAUCUCCUGCUCAUGUGAUCUUCCUAUUUGAUGACCAACAACAAAUGUACAAACAAACUCGGGGAUGGGGAGGGCAGGGGUGGGGGCUUUUCACACAGGGUAAUGGUUCAAAUCCAGCAAGCCUAUUACUAUUCCAGUCAGCUUGUCUGUGUGUGUAUAUAUAACUAUAUAUAGAUAUCAUGAAAUAGUGACAGAGCAGUAACAUAUCUGUGGAAUGAGUUAUUGUUUCCAGAUUUCAAGCUGUUAAGUUCAAAGUUUUGUAGAGCAGUUUGGAAAUCAACUUGCUGCAUGCCCUCAUUUCUUUCAGUCCAGUGUUUAAACCUGAAACCGCUUUCACAUCUGUCUGCAACAUAAUAACUCUUGGGUAAGGGAGCCUUGAUUUACAUGCAAAACUGUACAGCGAGUUUUAGACAAACCUGGAAUUUGUAUUAUGUUACAGAAUUAACUGUGUAUAUUUUGAUUUUUCCUGAGUUGUGCAUUAUUUUCAUUUAAUGACAGUGUAAUUAUAUAGUUGAAGUCCUGUUCUUUUUCUAAUUUUUACAUUUGCUUGUGCAGCUCUUCCAUUGAAGUAUUAUAUUUGAGCGUUAUCAAACUGUUAAAAUACUCAGUGGAAUUGUUUUCUGGCUCUUGUUGCUUUGGGAAAUAAUGUACUCUGAUUCACCCUAUAUUCCCCUAAACCGUGCCUAGUUUAUCCAUUCAUAUUUUUUAAUACCUUGAAAUAUCACUUUAAAUUGUCCAAAUGAGGAUGAAUGCUACCGCCUGUUUCAUUAUUAGUGAUGUACAAAUUGGGAUUAAAACUAGAGCAGAGCAAUGAAUUUGCAAAAUGCCUUUAAAUUGUCACGCAAUCACUGAUAUAGAGGGCAAUUCAAUCAGUGUAUUUUGCAGAUUGAGAACAAGAAUUGUCUUUCAGAAUUGCAACUAUAGUAUCUGUCGUAAGAGAUUAGUUCAGGUAUUUACAAAUGGGACUGGGCUGGGAGCAGCUUCUAUUUAUACAAGUGAAACUGUUGUCAGUUUUCCAACUAUAUCCAUUCCAUUGCCCUACUCUGUAUUAUGUUCCUCUUCUUUUGGAGUAAUAAAUAAAAUGAUAUACAAAUAAA